UCGCCAAGAGACCCGGAAGCACUUACCCUCCACUUCCUCCUCCUGUUUGGCUUCUGUCUCACCUAGAGCCGUCCGGUCGCAGACCGCCUCCGAGACGUUUCCUGUCCGAAUCACCAUGAUUCUUCAAAGGCUCUUCAGGUUCUCCUCUCUCAUUCGAUCUGCGGUCUCAGUUCAUUUGAGGAGGAACAUUGGUGUUACAGCAGUGGCAUUUAAUAAGGAACUUGAUCCUGUACAGAAACUGUUCGUGGACAAGAUUAGAGAAUACAGAACUAAACGACAGGCAUCUGGAGGACCGGUUGAUACUGGCCCAGAAUACCAGCAAGACCUAGAGAGGGAACUUUUUAAGCUUAAGCAGAUGUAUGGUAAAGCAGACAUGAAUACAUUCCCGGACUUCAAAUUUGAAGAUCCUAAAUUUGAAGUCAUUGAAAAACCCCAGUCUUGAAGAAAUAAUGUAAAAUUCAUUUGACAAUUUGUUCUAGAUCAGUUGUACAACUGUAUCAGAAUAAACAUACGUUUCUCAACUGUCAAAUGUUCUUUUAAUUCUGAUUCCAAAUAAAUUAUUUGGUGAUGUUGGGUUUGCA